CCUAAUAUCCUUUUUCCACCCAACCGUAGAGGAAAAUACAAUCAGCGAAUCUCUUACCCCAGAACCAAAGCUUAUUUCCCAUUUACUAAUACCCUCUCUUAUCAAGCGUUUUCUUCCCUGUUGCCUGAAAUAUUUCCUCCCAUUCUGUAUUAUUUUAGAGAAAACUGAGAUACUAUAAGACUCGUUUUGAGAGAGAUUGAAGAGAGUGAAUUCUUUCAUAUGUCACCAAUUUGAAGACCCUUCUUCUGUAAAUUAAAUUGAAGGCAGAUUUAAUUUGACAUUUGAGGUGCUGUUAUUGUCUCUGAACAUUUGACUUCAAGUCUUUUCAUAAAUUGUUUUAUUUUGUUCAUUUUGUUUAUCUUACCAUCGUAAAAAAGAUUUAAAAGAGAACAAAAGAAUCAGUUUAAAAGCAAAAACUGCAAAUGCUACUAAAAUAUUAUAUAUAAUUCAUAACAAGCUGAUGGUUAUGUGACACCAUUGUUAGCUGUUUGACCAACAAUUUUUGUGUGCAUUGUAGCAUAGCGUUACAUCUUCAGACUUGGAGUUCAUUUUUGACACAAAUCCUACUUAGAUUUUUCAAGUUUACGCUGCAGUUGUGCUUCUAAUUUUCAAAUACAUUUGAGACUGAAUACUUCAGCAAUAAGACAAACCACAGUCUGGCUACGACGCUUUUAAAGAUUUUUGUAACCAAAUUAAAUUGCCAAAAAAUAUAGUUCGAAGUUCUCUAAAAUAUUGAAAGCGCACCUGAUUAAAUUUACACUCUUUUAUUUUGCAUUCCUUUAUUUCCAAUUGAAUUAUCUUGUGAUAUAUUUUAAAAGUUUAAGAGUGGAGAACAACAAAAUGCAUUUAGCUAGUUCAUCAUCCACUGCAGAUGGUACUAGCAAAAAAAUCAAUAACUCUACCAAUUCAAACGUGCGUUGGUCUUCCUUGCCUCAAGACGAAAGUGCCCCCCUUAAUACUUCAGCUGAAAGUAAUUUAAGUGCAGAUGAAAUUCAAAAAGAUUCUUCAGCCAAAAUCGAAACAAAAGAGGAAAGCAAACCAAUCGUAGCUUCCACUGAUAUCAACAGAGAGUUUAAAAACAACCGCGCCGACAGCGGCAACGAAAGUAGCAAUUUGGUUGGUUUUUCAUCUGAAACUUUAAGUGGAAACACUCAUACGGGUACCAGUGUAGGAAGUGGUCGGAAUUCGUUCAAAUCUGCUGGUAAGGGGAUCAUGUUGGUGGGACGCCUUCGAAAACUCACCUCCAGGGUCCGCAUCCAGUUCUACACACAUGUGUCCAACAAGGAGAAGCUGGACUUCAUCUGGAACAACAACUUCAGAACUGCAUUUAUCAUUCGGUGUCUGCUGCUGCUGUUGAAACUGGUCAGCUGUGUGGUGUAUGUGGCCAACUUCGUCGAAUACGAACAGCCCAUCACUCACUGCUUCGAAUGCACGGACAACGAUGUUCCUGGAAACGCUACAUAUCCAAUUUAUGGUGCAUUGCUGUGGGUGGAGAGGUCUCUGUUGUUCUACAUCAUAGAAGUGGCAGUCGCUCUCUUCUCCACCAUCGACACAAUCGUGCUCAUCAUAUGCCAGUUCAGAGGAAACAUUGUGGAGCAAAUCUUGUCCUACAGAGUAUUUGUUGAGACAUGCGUAUCACUGCCUUUCCUUGCCUCGCUGUGCCAUCCUCUGUUCCGUUUUCUCUAUGUGCCCUCCUUCCUCAACUGCUGGCUGGCCAAACACUUCCUCAUGAGCAUACUGUACAUGGAACCCAUUGCGUUUUCGUCCAUGCAGCGACUGCUGAUGAAGUUGAUCACAUUCAUUUGUUGUCUCGCAUUCACAUGCAUGUGUGGCAUCCACUAUCUGGAGCGAAUUCAGGACAGGAGUGGCGAUGAACAGUACGACUUCUUCAACUCCUUCUGGUUCGUCAUCGUCACAUUCUCCACAGUCGGCUACGGGGACUUGUACCCCAUUGGAUGGAUCUCGAAACUGUUCGUCAUAUUCACCAUUGGACUCGCGCUCAUCUUCAUUCCCGUGCAGCUGGAGUCGCUGUCGUUCGCGUGGGAUGAGAAGCAGAAGUUGGGGGGCAACUACAGCCACAGGAGGGCGGAGAAGGAGCAGCACGUGGUGUUGUGCACCUCCUUUGUCACAGAGGACAUCCUGCACGACUUCAUGAACGAGUUCUACGCAUACCCAAAACUCAAGAACUAUUACGUCAUACUGCUGUGUCCCCUGGAGUUCGAUGGUAAGAUCAACGCGAUGCUGGAGAACCCCAGCUGGAGCCAGAGGGUGAUCUACAUCCAGGGCAGUGCUCUCAGAGUAUCCGAUCUCAUUCGGGCGAAGGUGCACUACGCCGAAAGCUGUUUCAUAUUCUCAUCUCGCAAUGUGAAGGAUAGGCGAAGAGAGGACGAGGCCACAAUUCUCCGCACGUGGGCCAUAAAGGACUUCGCCUCCCACGUGCCCCUGUACGUGCAAGUGUUGCAACCAGAACACAAACAGCUGGUGAUGGCGGCCAAUUACGUCAUCUGCGAAGAUGAGCUCAAAUAUGCAAUUCUGGCCAGCAACUGUCUCUGUCCCGCCAUGUCCACUUACAUCAGUCUACUUGUUCACACUCUGCAGGGCAGCAAAACUGGAACAGUUAACUGCUCCUUGGAAGAGAAUCCUUCGGAGAGCAACGACCAGUGGGAGAUGCAGUAUGCGAGGAGCACAGCCCAGGAGAUCUAUGACAAGCCAGUUGGGAAGAGCAAGUUCUUCCAGGAGUACAUCGGCUACAACUUCAUGGAGGCUGCAUUUCUCGCUCACAGAAAGUACGGCUGCAUGACUAUUGGUGUGAAGCCAGAGAACGGGCAGCUGAUGUUGAAUCCUGGCCCCAACCACAUCAUGAAGGCCUCCGACACCGUCUACUUCUUCUACACCACGAGCGAAGACGAGACUGAAAUAUCCGUGGUGAGAGGGAACGAGGGAGAGGCGCCUUUGGUGACUAAAAAGAAAACAAGGUCGGAUUUGGAGGCGAACAACAACACACCACGCACCACUGAGUUGUUCAACAAACUACAACAAGCAUUCCCUAUGAAUCAGGCAGUUGGUGGAAACUGUUUCGCUGAUGUGGUGAUGACUUCGAUGAAGAAGCGUCGCGAGUCAGUGAUUCCGGGCAGCAUAGAGGAGUCUUACAUUGAGGGGUACCCCACCGCGCCCUAUCCCUGCUUCCAGGCACCUGUCUGCUACUUGCUGCCGCAGAACAGGAAGAUCUGCUGUCUCAAUCUGUUCAAGCCCUGUGAGCAUGACCAGCGCACCUGCGCUCAAGAAUACAACUUCAAAAACCCACUCACCCUCCUCUGUGUCGAAGUGCCGUCGGUGGCCAUUUGUAACUUCAUAGUUCCCCCGAGACACCACUGCAGAGACAGGACAGCCCUCAUCCCCAUCAUCAUCAUGGUGUUUCUUUUUUUUUCCAGGUGGCCAUUUGUACCUUCAUAGUUCCCCUGAGACACCACUGCAGAGACAGGACAGCCCUCAUCCCCAUCAUCAUCAUGGUGUUUCUUUUUUUUCCAGGUGGCCAUUUGUACCUUCAUAGUUCCCCUGAGACACCACUGCAGAGACAGGACAGCCCUCACCCCCAUCAUCAUGAUAUUUCUGUUUUUUUUUCCAAGUGGCCAUUUGUAACUUCAUAGUUCCCCUGAGACACCACUGCAGAGACAGGACAGCCCUCAUCCCCAUCAUCAUCAUGGUGUUUCUUUUUUUUCCAGGUGGCCAUUUGUACCUUCAUAGUUCCCCUGAGACACCACUGCAGAGACAGGACAGCCCUCACCCCCAUCAUCAUGAUAUUUCUGUUUUUUUUCCAAGUGGCCAUUUGUAACUUCAUAGUUCCCCUGAGACAUCACUGCAGAGACAGGACAGCCCUCACCCCCAUCAUCAUCAUGAUGUUUCUGUUUUCUUUCCAGGUGGCCAUUUGUAACUUCAAAGUUCCCCUGAGACACCACUGCAGAGACAGGACAGCCCUCACCCGCAUCAUUAUCAUGAUGUUUCUGUUUUUUUUUCCAGGUGGCCAUUUUUCCAGGUGGCCAGUGGUGUCUUCAUAGUUCCCCUGAGACACCAUUGCAGAGACAGGACAGCCGUCACCCCCAUCAUCAUCAUGAUGUUUCUGUUUUUUUUUUCUAGGUGGCCACUUGUAACUUCAUA